AGCCCCCAUUUUUCCCUACUCAAGUUUGGUCCCACAACCUCUCUCUCUCUCAUCUUUCUCUCUCUCUCUCUCUCUCUGCAAUCUUUGCACCUUCAUUCAUCAAUUUGAUACAUGGCGCCUGAUGUUUGCGAAGGUUUAAGGAAUUCUAGCAGGCAUGCGCUGAAGAAGGGGCCGUGGACGACGUCGGAGGACUUGCUGCUGCUGGAAUACGUGAAGAAGCACGGCGAGGGCAACUGGAACGCAGUUCAGAGGAAUUCUGGGCUCAUGCGAUGCGGCAAGAGCUGCCGCCUCCGCUGGGCCAACCAUUUGAGGCCCCAUCUCAAGAAAGGCGCCUUCUCCGUUGACGAGGAAAACCUCAUCGUCGAGCUCCAUGCCAAAAUGGGCAACAAAUGGGCUCGCAUGGCCUCUCAGCUUCCGGGAAGAACAGACAACGAGAUCAAGAACUACUGGAACACGAGGCUGAAGCGGCGGCAGCGCGCGGGGCUGCCGAUCUACCCUCACGAGAUCAUCGCGGAGCAAGGGCAGCAGCACCGCCGCAACAAUCCGCCGCAGCCUUCUCUCACCUCUCUCCACCGCCGGAAUCCGAAUCCGCUAAUCACAUUUGCUUCACCGAUGAUCGCCUCUUCGGAGAUCAAUCGCAGCGGUCCUCAUCUCUACGCCAACAAUCACCAGCUGAAGCUCUACCACGACGGCAUCAAUGGCGGCCUCACGCUGUCGCUGGACGCCUCGAAUUCGCUGAUGUCUUCAUCGACUUUCCUCAAUCAAGGGUUAGUAGUGAAUCAAUUGCCGAUCAAUUCGCUCGUUCAUCAAUACAAUUCGCUCAAUCCAGUCAGCUACGGAUUGGGGGCUCUAGGGCUGCCUUCAAUCCAAUCGGCGGCGGUACUGACUCCGGCGGCUUCGUCUAGCGAUUUUGUGGCGGCGGCAUCGAGCGACGGCGCUGAGGAUUUUGAGGUGGAGAGGAGGAGUAGAUCGAGCGGAAUGCUGGAGGAUUUAUUUGGGGAAUCUCAAGCUUUGGCGUAUCGUGGGAAAGGAGGUGGAAAUUUGCAUGAAGAAGGAGCAGAUUUUGGUGUCAGCCAUGGCGGUUCAAGCUCGCAUGAAAGCUAUGAAGGCGUGGAAGCAAAGGCUCCCAAAGACACGACUCAGAUGGAUGACGAACUGAUGAACCUUCUAGACAAUUUCCCGUUGUCCGUCCCAAUCCCGGAUUGGGACGGAGAAGAUGGAAGCGAAUCGCCAAGUUUGAACGAUGGUACAAGCAACACGAUGCAUAGUCAACCCAUUGCUUCAGAGUACAACCCGGUUGCAGACUCACUUGAGUCACCAAAUCAAGAUUGGCACUUUGGUUCUUGCCUUUGGAAUAACAUGCCUAGCAUUUACUAAUAUGAUUUCAUCGACGCUACCAAAUGCAUCAAUCUUCAAGAAUUGAGAAUAUAUAUACAAAGGCAAAAGAUUGAAAGAUUAAUUAUCUUAUAAAUAUGUGUUUAUAUGUUAAAUGAAUUUGAAGAGUGCGUAGUUUCAAAUAUUGUUGUGUGUUGGUUCAUGAAGAGUACUUCUUUCUUUAUGGGAUUUAAGGCAUAUUGUGUAAUAUUAGAAUUAAUGGACCACUUGAAUUGUUGUAAUCCAACAAACUAGCAUGAUUUUGCUUAUUUUGGUAGUGAGUGUAUUUUGAUUUUGUGUUUCUUUUAUAAA